UCGAUCGGCGAUGACAUCCACCGGAGGCGGCGCAUCAUCCGCAUCCAUGGAUGCUCAGUGCGACACUCUGCUGGUGGAGGAGAUCCUCCCGCGCCUGCCGCCCAAGAGCCUCCUCCGCCUCGGCGCCACCUCCCGCCGCUACAAGGCCCUCGCCCGCAGCCCCGGCUUCGCCGCCCGCUACUGGCGGCGCGCCGGCGCCUUCUUGCGGCCUGCUGCCGAACAGCCCGGGGUUUUCCCACGCUUCCUCACCGCCCCCGCCAUGCCGGGGGGCGGAGCUCGUGCCGGGUGCGGACCUCGCCGAGGACGGCAUGGCCAUCGUGCACUCGGCGGCCGACGGCCUGCUGCUGUGCUCCAGGGGCUCCACCUGGCCGGCGGCGCGGUACUUCGUCUGCAACCCGGUGACACGGCAGCAGACAGCUCUCCCGGAGCUGCGGGACCUCUGCUUCAAGCCGCUGUGCGGGCUCCUGACGGUGACGGCGGCGGCGGGCACCGACGGCGGCGGGCACGGCGCCGCCCCGCGGUUCCAGUUGGUAGUCAUCGAGGAGUGGCAGAUUGAAGACACGUUCCUUGGGCUGAAGAUCUUCUCCUCGGACACCGGCACCUGGAGGAGCCGGAUGGCGUCACUAUACAGGUGCUCGUCCCACCCCUUCGAGCACGACUUCCGCCGCCGGCCGGCACUGGGCCAGAGCGGCGCCGCCUACUGGAUCCAGCGCGACGGCAGGACCGCCAUAGCGUACGACAGCGCCGGCGACUCCCUCCGGGUCAUCCACCUGCCGGAGAGCGGCGCCAGGUCGAAGCGCUGCAUAGGGGAGCGCCACGGCGGCGGCGGGGGGCUCCGGUACGCGCGUGCCGACGCGGCGGAGCUCGAGGUGUGGGACUCGCCGACGACGGAGGCCGCGCGUGGAGGCUGGCGCACCGGGUUGGCAUCAGGGAGCUGCUGGGACUGAACGCGGACGCAACCUAGCUUCAGCCCCGCGUCAAGCCGGUCGGCUUCCACCCGACCGACGUCGACGUCGUCUUCCUGGCCUUGCCUGCGGGGGUGGCCGCCUACUCCAUCGAGCACGGCACCAUGGAUCCGCUGUGCGCACACGGUUGCUUCGCGGCUCGAGCUUACUUGUUCCCGUAUGUGCAUCCGCCGUGCCCGGUGCAGAUUCCGGCGAUACAGAACGGCUGAUUUAAUCUUUGUUUGGUGCUAUUCUACUGUGCUGUUUAAUUUGGUGUAUGGAUCUUGUUUUGACUGUGGGAGGUGCCUUUUACUAAGCCAUCUCUGAUUCAAUUU